UAGGAUUCAAUCCUGUGACCAGUGGCUCUACUGGGAUAUGUAUGUUCUUGUGUGUUGUUAUAAAAAUCAACGGAUGGUCUAUGAUUCCUUAGGGAGUGAUGACCAGAAAUCAGGUUUACACACCCUGUGGAGUGGAAAUGUUUGACCUUUAGGUGAGUACCAUCCAUCUGCCUGACAGAGCUCAUCUCACCUAACCCAGGGAAGAAGGGAAGCCCUGGUGAUAGGUGUGGCAUCUUUCUGUCCACUUAAUUUUCUUACUGCUGAGCCACAACUCCUAAACAAGACAAUACAAAGUAAGCAUUCAAAAAAAUAUUCAGCAGUAUAUGAAUCUGAAAUACUGUAGGCAUGAUUCAGCCAUAUGAAGUUAUAACCUAGUAACCAUGCUUCCUUUUAAUAGUCAAGAGCUCUAAAUUCCAAAGGAGGGUGUCAAACUCUAAUCCUACUCUAUUGUCUCCUGAGCCUGCCCUUCGGGGAAUGACAAAGAACCUAAUGGACUAGAACGUGUCUCAAAUCCCCUAGGGAAGUCAGAACUGCAGAGCCCAGAAGGCCAGCUUGCAGACCUUAAGUCUAAAUCUCUCAUUAUAUAUAUGAUGAAACUAAAUUCCAGAGGUGGGGCUGACCUGCCCCAGAGCACACAUUCAGGUUGCUUGGCUCUCAGGCCAGCCAGAGCUUUUUCCAAUACUUGUGUGGUCCAGAUUUGAAAGGAAGGAAAAUGAGAUGGGCGAGGCCAACCAGACAGCUGUGACAGAAUAUAUCCUGCUGGGGCUGUGCGGCCACCAUAACAUAGAGAUUGUCCUGUUUGUGCUCUGCCUGGGCAUCUACUCCGUGAAUGUGCUGGGGAACGCCCUCCUCAUGGGGCUGAGCAUGCUGGAUCCCCGCCUGCACAGCCCCAUGUACUUCUUCCUCAGCAACCUCUCUCUCAUGGACAUCUGUGGCACAUCCUCCAUUGUGCCUUUCAUGCUGGUCAGCUUCCUGGAGGUCCAAAGGACUUCCAUCUCCUUCCCUGGCUGUGCCCUGCAGAUGUACCUGACCCUGGCGCUGGGCUCCACGGAGUGCGUGCUCUUGGCCGUGAUGGCAUAUGACCGUUAUGUAGCUAUCUGCCAGCCGCUCAGGUACCCAGAGCUCAUGAGUGAGCAGAUGUGCGUGCGGAUGGCAGUGCUGAGCUGGGGCGCAGGCUUGGCUAACUCACUGCUGCAGUCCGUUGUCACCUGGGGCCUCCCCUUCUGUGGCCACAAUGUCAUUAACCACUUUUUCUGUGAGAUCUUGGCAGUGCUGAAACUGGCCUGCGGGGACAUCUCUCUCAACGCGCUGCUUUUAAUGGUGGCCACAGCCGUCCUGUCACUGGCCCCGCUCCUGCUCAUCUGUCUGUCCUACAUCUUCAUCCUCGCUGCCAUCCUCAGGGUGCCCUCUGCUGCAGGCAGGCGCAAAGCCUUCUCCACCUGCUCUGCCCACCUCACAGUGGUAGUGAUUUUCUAUGGGACUAUCUCUUUCAUGUACUUCAAGCCCAAGGCCAAGGACCCUAACUUGGAUAAGAUUAUUGCGUUGUUCUAUGGGGUCGUGACACCCUCACUGAACCCCAUUAUCUACAGCCUGAGAAACGCGGAGGUAAAAGCUGCUGCCAAAAGCGUUAUAUCCCAAAUGCACAUUACAAAUCACGACACCCCGGCCUUAAUCAAAUAGCAUCCCCCUUAGGAAAAAGCAUGUGGGAAAUUGAGGCAGGUCUUCUGUGAAAACUGACAGAAUCCAGCUGAGAGGCUGCAUUGCCACCAACAGAAUGGGGAAAAGAUUUGAAAGUUUAGUCUCUAGAGACAAAGGAUGAGAAAUCAACUGUUAAUGCUUCUUUUGAACCUGUUGAGAGUUCAUCCAGUCAUUCAAAUUAUAAAAUCAUAACUUCAACAGACAAAUGGGAAAGAAAAGGUAAAUAAUAUAAGGGCAGGGAGAAGCUAGGAGGUAAAGAAUGCUAUACCUUCAGGAAGAGACUGCCUUGGAAUGAUCAUGGGUGUUUUUGGUUUUUUUGGUUUUUAAAAAUAGGAAUAAUCAUGUUUUAAGUGAGUUUUCUCAGACUUUUGAAAGGGCUUAAAGUCUGGGGACAUGGUUUCCUCUUAAUAAAUCAUUAAAUUGAGAAAAUGAGUUCUUACUGGGAAACACUGAGACUUUUCAUGUGGGUCCACAUUGGCAUUAGAGUUAAUGUUUAAAUAUGCCUAAAGAAUUUGUUUACUUUUCAAUUCUUUAUUCUUCUUAUAUGUGUUGAUUAAUUGAGUGUUAAUUUGGUUCCUAAACAAAUCAAUGUUUUGGUCUUUUUUUUUUCUAUUUUUGCUGUAGGAUGAUUAUUCUGUACCUCCAAGACCAACUAUAAGUACUACAAGCCAAUAAAUUACCCCAUACUGUUUUAUGAUUUGGAUUUUAUCUUAAAGCAUUUUUUUUUUUUUAAAUCCUCACCCAAGGAUGUUUUUUUCCAUUGCUUUUUUUUGGGGGGGGAGGA